AUUCAAUUUAAAAUUAAGUUCUUAUUUUUUAUCUCUUAUUCAAUAAGUGAUGUAAAAAUGAUUCCAAUACACGGAAAAAUCACAAAUGCAACUGUUACUAAUUCAACUAGCUUUGUCACAACUAUGGAGUGUGUCAUGGGAUGCUAUGGUAACACAAGUUGUUUUCUUGCAUACUUUAACACAUCCUGCUGGCAUUAUGGUUAUUCGGUGGAAAAUGAUAUUGAUGUUCAAGAAAGUGCAAGUGAAAAUGUGGUAGGUUUCAAGACCGACAUUUCAAACAUCCCCAACAACACCUGUCCGAAAUCCUACAACGAACUCAAGUUCUCAUAUACUCCAAAUGUCAGCAACACGUAUUCAUGAAGAAAAUCCUCUCAAGGAUGGAAAUUCACUAGUUGUAAAACUAACUGGACCCGUUUUGAACGUAUUGAUGGCUUUGUUAUUUGCAUGAAAGCAAUUUCGUUUGGGAAUGAUAUCAUCUCAUUUGAAGAUUCAAACGACCUCUGUAAAUUGGUUGAUGCAGUUUUGACAGGAAUCGACUCAAUUGAAGAAUACACAUGGGCAAAGAACAAAACGCCGCCACUGUCAAAUCUUCUAAUCGGUGGAGAGCGAGAUUGUCCGACAACUUCAUGCAAAACCUUCAAAUGGACUGACGGUUAUACGACUUCCAAAACAUUUCUCAAUUCAACCUAUGUUAACUCAAAGUCUACGAUGAAUUCCGAACCUUUACCUUAUAAUUGUUUAGCCACAGCAAAUAGGAAUGUGGGUUCAAAGUCGUUGACUCAUUGUAGCUGUGAUAAACAAGUGAGAGGAUUUAUUUGUGGUUAUAAACUUUUGUA